AUGGAGACACCAGACCACGAAGGAGGCAUCGAGGUCAAGGCCUUGCCACUCGAAAUGGAUGUAGAUGGUAGACAUUUUUUAAUGAUGAUAGAUGUGUUCCUGCCAUUUUGUUUAAAGAAAAAAUAUAUUCACAAAAAGAAGGCACAAAAGAGCCCUAAUUUUUUCUUAAAGAAUGGACGGAAGCAAAUGCAAUUCGUGUCGGAACCCAAUGCCUCCCGGGGCGGGCUGGAGCUGCUCCUGGAGAACUCCACCAAGGUGCACAAGGUGGAGGUCACCACGCCCAAGGAUGGCCAAGGCAAGGUGACGAUGAAGUUGUUGCUCUCUUGGGUCAAGGACAAUCUGAUCAAGGAGCGCCCGGAGAUGUUCGUCAAGGGCGAUUCCGUGAGGCCUGGGGUUCUUGUCCUUAUAAAUGACUGUGAUUGGGAGCUGUGUGGUGGCCUUGAUGCAGAGUUGGAAGAGAAGGAUGUUGUGGUUUUCAUCUCCACUUUGCAUGGUGGUUAG